UCACACUCCUUUGGUUUCUAAGUCCUCUUCGUCCUCCUUUUUCCCAAGAUGCCCGCCAUCUCAAGGCGCGACACUGGCGAGAGAUCGCUCUCGGGCGGUGCAAUUGCCGGCAUCAUCGUGGCCAUCGUCGUCGUCUUUCUGCUCCUUGCCGGACUGCUGGUAUGGAAGCUGCUCCAGUACCGCAAGGAGCGCCGCGACCCCAACAGCACGACCAACAUGGAGAAGCGAGCGCGUCAGCGUGCCAUUGCCCUCGCGCGUGCCGAGAAGCACCUUGCGACGAGCCGCACGACGGGCAACUACGGGCCCGGAACGGUGGUGCCCGCCUCGGUCAGCGGCGACCACACGGCCGUGGACACGCCCACCGACGAGCCGCGCAACAGUCUCGGCCUCGCCAAUGCGUCCUCCACCGGUCAGCCCGAGAUGACAUCGGCCGAGGAGCCCGUCACUGCCGAAGUCAUGCACAACCCCGAGGGCGCCGUCGAAGCCCGUGCAAUCGAGAACCAUCACAUGGCCCAGCCGUCGGACUUCAACGAGCAGGACGGCGAGCCGUGGAAGGGCAAGCGCAACUGGAGGUCGUUUAUGGGCCGGGGCAAGACCCAGCACACGGGCCAGCCGCUCAUCGAAAAGGACGGCGAUGCUCCCGCUCCUGGCGGCCCAGAGGACGACCAGCCCGAGCCUGCACCAGGCCAGGGAAGGUGCGCUCACAUGUGAUCUCUCCUCGCGACCCCCUCCCGCUUCAUCCUCUUUCCUCUCCAACUACCGUCACUCUUUUCUUUCUUUUCCUGCAUCUACACUCGCACCCAGCUCUCCUGUUUGACUAGUACUCGUCCCCAGAGCCCCUCCUUUUGAUCUUUUCGCUCUCUUCUGCCCGGAUUGGCAGCAUAUUCUUGAUCACUGUUCUGUGCGGCCAAAAAUGUAUCUUUCUACACUAUCGCAUUACGGAUCUUUCU